AUGCAGGGUCGUGUGCGCCCAGCAUGGCGAGCUUUGACGCGAUCUGGCCUCUGUCAGGGUCACCUUCGCUUUGCCGUCGAAGGCCAGCAGGGAAGCUUUCGACAUGCUUCCACAUCAAGAGUCACGCUCGCUGUCAACCAGAGCGCUCCUAGGUCUCGUCCAGCUCCAUCUCAGCGCACAGAAUCUCGAUCCAGAGGAGAGACGCCCUCGGGCUCUUUCACGUCACAGAAGCCGCGAAAGCUCGCGCCGGCGGUUCCAGGGAGAGGUGUCAGCAACGCGUUCAUCGACGAGGCGAAGCGCGACAUGCAACUGCGAAGGAUGCCUUACGAUGAAGCCGACCUCAAAUGGCUGAGGGAGGCGCGCUCGAACGUGUACACGCUCAAUGGAAAGCAGACCGAGCUGCAAAAGGAGCAAAAGGAGCUGACGGCGGAACUGGAUAAGCACUUCAAGGCUGCGAGCAAAGGAAAGGCAAAGGACUCGGAUGCAGAAGUGGACAAGACCUCGAACGCCACUUCGUCGACGGAAGAGGUGACGAGCAAGGACGCUGAACUCAAACCGCAAGAAGAAAAGGAGGACAAGGUUGCAGAGCUCAAAAAGCGAUCUAAAGCCAUCAAGCAGGAACUCGAAAAAGUGCUCAAGCAGCAAGAAGAGAUCCGCACCAGAAGCCAGAAUAUCCGUCUGUCGUGGCCCAACGGCUGUCAUCCAGACGUUCCAGUCGGGUCGGAAGAGAAUGCAGUGCUGGUGUCCGUCCAAGAUCCGCUCGACAUUCUUCCAGCCGAGUUCGACGUGAUGAAGGAGCCUUGGAACAAGUCUGUCAUGCAGGCAAAGCACUUUCCCGAAGGUCCGAAGCCGGAUCCGAAGCGCGAGCACCUCUCGCUAGCAGCCACAGCCGCCAGUGCCGAGGUGGACAUUGUAUCGGGCCUGCUCGCAACAGGCAGCUCGUGGCCAUACCUCCUUGGGAGCAUCAGCCUGCUCGAACACGCCUUGUCGCAAUACGCAAUGUCGAUCGUGGUCCGCAAGGGGUUCCUCGCCGUUUCACCCCCGGACGUGGUUCGCGCCGACCUGGCCGAUCGAUGCGGGUUCCGACCUAGGGACGAAAAAGCAAAGCAGACCUACUUUCUUGAGGCAGCCAAGGGCAAGAGCAACGGCAAGGCGCAAAUGCCCAGCGACGCUGACCUCUGCUUGGCAGCCACGGCAGAAAUUCCCCUUGCCGGACUGCUGGCAGCUCGGACGAUAGAUGGUACCAGAAAGCAAGGCAAACGUGGCUCCUUGGCGGACGAGGACGUAUCAUUGAUACAGAGAGCGGAGCUGCCCAUCAAGUUGGCUGCGUUGGGACAUGCAUUCCGUGCCGAGGCCGGUGCUCGUGGCGCCGAUACACGUGGACUGUACCGCGUCCACCAGUUCAGCAAAAUCGAGAUGUUCGUCGCCACGGAUGGCCAGCUUGAAGCGAGCAACGCCAUGCUCGAAGAGCUGCGCGGUAUCCAAGAGGAGAUUAUCGGAGGGCUUGGUCUGCCAUAUCGUGUGCUGGAUAUGCCCACGGAGGAGCUCGGCGCCAGCGCGUAUCGCAAGUACGACAUCGAGGUGUGGAUGCCCGGGCGAGGGUCAUGGGGCGAGGUCUCGUCGGCCUCCAACUGCACGUCGUACCAAGCAUUGCGGCUCGGGAUCAAGCUCAAGUCAGCUACGCCGCCAUCACCGGAGAGCGGCGAUAUGCGUCAUCCGACAGUGCACACGCUCAAUGCUACUGCAGCUGCGAUACCACGGCUGAUCGUGGCCAUCCUCGAGAAUCACGGUGUGGAGAAGGGUAAGCUUGUGCUGCCUGACACGCUCAAACCCUUUUGGCUUGCGGGAGACAAGGACCCGAAUGUGACGUGGCUAUACACGGGCAAGCUGGACUCUAGCUCGCAGCCACGACUCAAGAGAGCGCUGGCGCGGGUUCGCUCGAUCGCUAAGAAGAACGGCACGGAUGCGCCGACAAUGGUGGCGUCGUUCCUUGUCUUGCACGAGCUCACUGCGAUUGUGCCGCUGGCGAUCAUGUUUUACAUCUUUGGAGCACUCGGCGUUGGCACAGCGGUCUUGAACUGGCUUCUCGGAGACGCCGAAGAUGCGAGCAAAGAAUCGCAUGCGGCUCGGUUCAGGACAUGGGCACGCAUCAAAGAGGAGCGAUUCGAGCGAUACUGCCGCAAGAAAGGGUAUCUUGGAUUCGAAAAGCAGGACGUCAAGACGAUCGAUGCCGCUGGUGAUCUGGGCAAACAGAGCCAUUUGGCAGGCUCGUUCGCCAACAUGGUAGCUGCGUACAUCAUUGUCAAGGCGUUGCUUCCUCUACGCAUCGGCGCCUCGAUCGCGCUGGCAGGGCCGUUCUCGAGGACCGUACUGGAACCGCUCAAGGGCAUGUUCCGUCGCACACCUCUGCUUCGCCCUCGCACGCCGCCCAGCAAGUCGGCUACUGCUCCAUGA